GGGAGAUCACUGGACAUGUAUAUAUUCCCGGAGCGUGGCUUGUGCAGAAUGCAGCGCCGACCCGUCUCUCUCUGGGCACCAAGGGAUGGGACGUAAGGUGAAGGUGCUCAAUAUCCUCUUAACCGAACAGGUCACUUAAAAACAUGGAAAUAAAAGCCGUUUGUAUACUGAAGGAUGAGCACGACGUCUAUACUCAUCCCCAUGACUUAGAAAACAUCGUCAGCGGUGUUGUUGGAAGCGUUGCUUUUGAAUCGCAGGGAAAUGGAAAAGUAUUAAUAAAAGGAAUUAUUACUGGUUUGACACGUGGAAAACAUGGGUUACAUGUUUGUGCCUUUGGAAAUCUUUUUAAUGGUUAUCACAGCAUAGGACCACAUUUCAAUCCGCGAAAGACGACACAUGGUGGGCAACAAGAUGAAGUAAGUAUGGGAUCACAUUUAGGUACUUUUUAUCUUGGAGAAUAUUUGAAGACCAAUCGCAUUUUACUCAGUGCCAGGCACGUGGGAGACCUUGGUAAUAUUGAAGCUAAUGAAGAAGGUGUGGCUGAGUUUCAAGUAGAAGAUCAUCUUCUUAGUCUUUCAGGAACUGAGUCUAUAAUUGGCCGGGCUCUGGUGAUUCGGGCGGAAGAAGAUGAUCUGGGUAAAGGAGUAAAUGAAGAGAGCCUUGCAACAGGGAAUGCUACAACAGGUUUAGCCUGGGGCGUCAUUGGAAUAGGUGAAGUUGUUGCCAAUUAAAGAAUUUAAUACUGCAGCACAAAAUUUUAAGCAGGAAUCUGAAUUAACAGUAAGGCAAUGUCAGUAAGCAUUUUGAAUUUGCAUUUAUUAUUCAUUAAUCUAGGUUGAUGCAUGGAAAAUUGUUCCUGUUACUGAUUUGUUUCAGUUUGCUUUUAAAUUAUAUGUUGCUGUUUGGCUGUCUCAAUGAAAGAAAUGUAACUUUGUUUGUUGUACGAAACAUAAUUAAAAUUGAUUUUGUUUUAGUUUAGACCUUGAAUGCAUGGCUAAUAUUGAUGUAGAAUUUUAAUCCUGGAUCUCAUGCUGUACUACUUGCUAAUUUAUGUACUUGGCUCCCUCCUUUUAUCUAAAAUGAAAUGGUCAGCAGUUUAAAUUUUCUCCAAAGACCACUGGGUUGGUCAAUGCUAUGGUGCAGCACAUAAGAAGGAUUGAUGGGGGUUCUGUUACAUAGGUUAAAAUUGCAACACAGCUAGUUUCACAAGUCCAGUGACCCAGGUUUAAUUCUGACCUCCAAAGUUAUCUAUAUAUGGAAUUUUAAGUUAUCUUUGUGCCUCCAAAUGCUUCACUUUCCUCCAAUAUCCCAAGGAUGCAUAGGAUGGUAUGUUAAUUAGUCACCGUAAUUGUUUUCUACUAAUUUGGUGAAUGGUGGAAUCAGGGAGGAGUUGAUGGGAAUGUGGAAGAAUAAAAAUGGGAUUGCUGGAAAUGGGCACUUUAUAAUCGGCCUGUAUCACUGGGGCACCAGACCUGCUUUUUUGUUUAAUGGCUCCAUGACUUUAUGACUUGACAUGGUGCUGCAGUGCAGAUCCACAACGGGCGUUAAUAGGAAGGGAUUAGUAGCAGAGUGAUUAACAAAAUCAGCUAGAAUCUAGGGAUCAUAUUAUUGAUCAACAGGCAUAUGAAUCCAAUUUCUGCAGCUAAAGAAUUUGAGUUUGUUAAAUUAAUCUGGAACUGAAAACAUUAGAAUUGAGAAAAUAAAAUUUAAGGAUUGUUGUUCAAACUCGUCGGAUUUGCAAAUGUUCUUCAAAAUUGACCACUUUUUAAUCUGGUUUGGUUUAUAUGUGAUUCUUAACUCUCACCUGAAAUGGCAUUGCCACUCUGCCUUGGCCUCCCUUUCCUCUUUCAUAUUUUCAAAGGAUGGUGAGGAAGACUAUUUGGAAAAGCAGGGAGAUAGCAUUGUUGUUUCUUGAUGUUGGGUUGGAAUGACACUUUGAGCACCUUCAGUGGCUACAGUUCACCAGAAUAAUUCAAGAAAGAUUUGCAAUUGCUGGAGCAUGAUAUUUGCCCACACCCCCAAGGGAAACAUGAUUUUAUCUGCAGCUGCCAAGGUUGUUGAAUUGAGCUUCUAUGUUUUAAUUCAUUACAAGGUGAUUCUGCCAGUCUCCGUUUUAUAGAUUUGCAAUACCAUCCUGUAGAUGGUUUAUGCAUGCAACCAAUCAUAUAGCUACCUCAGCACCACUAAUCCCACCUUAGGUAUCAUUUAUCAUAACACCCACUUUUCCCUCUGCGCGGUUCAGUAGCAGACUGGAGCCAGCCACUACUUAUGUGUUGUUUAAGUCUGAGUAUGUAUUAAAGACUAUUUCAAAGUCA